CGAAUAAGAUGGAGUGAGUAGCAGCUAAUAACACAGAUACCAGUUGAUUGGAAGCGAGCGACUGUGGGAGCUACACGCACUAGCUGGGAGAGAGAUCCAUAGAGUCGGGGCCAUGAAACUAAAGCGCUCCCUGAGUGUGGUGCACUUUUGCUUGGCUAUAACAAGCACGCCAGUCAGAGGACCUCAGUCAGCUUGCGUGCAGAGACAUAGCGGGUCAGCAGGUUGGAGAGAUACUCUGGACUUGUGUGAUGAAAGGCCAUGUAGGCAAGCAUAUUUUUUUAAAAGGUAGCCAAUGCAGCUGGUUAAGACGAGGUAAUGUGAUCAUGUGUUUUUUUUUUACAUCUGGUAAGGAUCCUUCCUAGCAGCGGCAUUUUGAACCAGCUGCAAUCGGUUUAUGGCGCGUGACUGAAGACCACCAUAGAGAGUUGCUGUAGUCGAGUCGAGAGGAGAUGAAUGCAUAGUAUAGAUAAUUCAAUAAAACUCAAAGACGUUUCAUACAACUUUUGUUGAAUAAUACAACCUCUUCGACUAUGGAGAAGAUUUCGUUAUUUCUCUUUUUGUUUAAUGACAGCUUACAAAACUGUUUGAAUAUAGAGCCAAAGGGCACCUUUUGAUGUCUUUAGUUUUUUUUUUUUUUUUCUUUUCUUUUUCUGCUCUCUUCAAAGCAUCGCAGUUGCCACCUUUUGGUCGGAGGAGCCAUGCCCCCUCCAGAUACCAUGUUCUGUGCCCAACAGAUCAACAUACCUACAGAACUGCCUGACAUUCUGAAACAGUUUACUAAAGCUGCCAUCAGAACCCAGCCUCAUGAUGUACUUCAGUGGUCGGCAGCGUAUUUUUCAGCUUUGUCUUCUGGAGAAACCCUUCCUGUUAAGGAGAGGCUUGAAAUGCCAAAAGCAACACAGAAAACAGACACUGGGCUUACACCUGGCCUUUUGAAGAUUUUGCAUAAACAGCUUUCUCCCAAAGGGACUGUGGAGAAGGCAGAAUUGGAACAGCGAUGGAAAGAACUCUGUCUACCAAAGGAACAGCUUAACAGCAUUAUAGAGCUAGGAAACUUUGGCACCAAUAUUGUAUGGAUUGAAUUCUUUGCUUUGGGCUGCAGUGCACUGAAUGGGACUAUCACCACCUCUCUGAAGUGUGCAUGUGAAAUCCUUACAGCUGACCCAGAGGGAGGAGCAGCUCGCAUUCCAUUUGAAACAUUUACGUUUCUCUUUACCUACCUGAACAAGUUUGAUGGGGAGAUGCCUCAGGACCAGAUCGACAGCUAUCUGAGUACCCUUAAGGAGGAAGCAAAGCAGCAAUUUGGAAUGGUGCAGCCAUUAAACUUCACAGGACUAAACAGACCCAAACUGCCUGACUAACAAGAACAUUGUUUCACCUGCUAUCAUGAUGGGGUCUAGUUCAAUUAUUUAAACAGUGGCGGAUCCCAGUAACGGCAUCCUAAAAUGCAAGAUCUGUCUAAGAAUAUCUAAGUUGUAAUUUGUCAUCUUCUUAUUGAGCUGCAAUAUGUUUUAUAUGAACACUUAAAUGAACCUCAGUCAACCUUCUCACACAAAAAACAAAAAAAAGACCUUACUUGGAAGUAUAAUAGAAAUUAUAUGUUAAAAAGAUCAGUAAUUCCUUUAAGAGGCAUCAGAAUCAAGGUAAAAUAAAUAGGCCUCUGGCUUAGGCGAGAUAAAUUUGCUUUCUUGCUUAUCUUAGAAAGUGAAUGAGCCCAACUCUGAAAUCAUGUAUACUGUACCUGAUGAAAAAUGGUCUGUAUCUAUUGGGGCCUCAAAGAGUUUCAAUGUGCUGUUUUAUAUUUGACUUGCUGGAUUCUGUUGCUCCGGUAUUGACUUGUUCCCUGGCUUUGAACUUGUCUGAAGAACCAUAAAUCCUGGAACACUUUUCAUCUACCAUCUACCAUGCAAUGUAACACGCCCAACUACUCUCGCUGUCUGUGUUAAGUAGGUGAGGCUGGCAGAGUUGAAAGUCACAUUGUCACAAGAGGAAGGCUGUUCAGUCCCCGAAUUUGGUAUACUCAAAAUUCAAAGCCAGGUAAAGGCAGAUUUAAAGAAAAAUGUUUACUCAGUCCACUCAGAAUGAUUGUCUACAAUAUAAAAUAAUAAGGGGAUUUGUAAAUCACAUAAGCUACUUACUAUUUAAAUAAACAAACACAAUACAGUCAUAGAAAGAUUUAUAAAUA